GAAAGAAAAUUCGAACACUAUAAUUGUUGCGACAUCCAAUGGGAGAGUCUGCUUUUUAGUUAUCCCUAGGAAAAUAAAUUCUUCCAUUAGAUACCGAGUGCGUCCCGAAUCUCAUUAAAAAAAGAUCAUUUUAUUCAAGAAUUAAAUAUCAAAUAAAUCUAGUCUAUAAUAUGGUUACGUUCAGUUUGGUGCUUACUGCGCUUUGCAGCGCUUGUGAAUAUCAAUUGUUUGUUUACAUUUGAUAAACAAAACAGUGAUGCUGUGAAUGCUGUCUACCAAAUAUUGGUAUUUUGAAAACUAAUAUAUAUUCGCCGGAACAUCUCAAAACUACAAAGAACAAAGGAUUCCCUGCAGUUUGUCCAGUAGUCUAGUCCAGUACAUGACAAUAUCUCUUAUCGUCGCCUAUGCGAAUGACACUUUCGUGUAUGACUACGAAUUUUUCAAACGAAUAAAUUCAUUUGCUGACAAUGGCAACAAGGCAUGACUACAAUUAUGAAGCAAUGUUGACUUUGCAUCCGGAGAUGAUACUUGUCUCAGAAUCGCCUGUCACUUGGCAAGGCUUUCUUAUCAUUUCCAAUCUGUAUCCCGCUGGCAAGCCUCAGUGUCCUAGAGUAAAAGUGAAACUAAUUAUACCCAAUUAUCCGUUAUUCUACAAUGCACAAAUCAUCUUUGGCAAGGAGAUUGCUCUCCUACGGAACAAAGAAUUCAGCAGAAAAGUGAAGGAACUGAUAGAGUCUGAAAAAACAGUAUUAUCGUUCUUGACUGGUUUAAAGACGCUCAUUGGUAAACAUAUCGAUAACACAGAGAGUAAAGUUUGUACGACAAUUGACUUUGAAUUUACCAAAGAUCUUUUGCAAGAUGUGAAAGAGGCUCUUCAGUAUCCAUCUGAUGUGCAAUUGUCAUGCGAUUGGAAUCUGAGCACUAUCAAGUUAUCCCUGAGAGGAAUAUUUCUUACAAUGCAAAGAUGCAAAGAUAUUCGAACGCCCUGGAAAGUGGUGUCUUCUAACAUGCCUGCUAUCCCAACGUUUGAAGACUUCGACAGUAAUGUAAAAAAUUUGAGCGUUGCGAUAACAAAAUUCAAAUUGCAAGUGGAAUUUUUGGAAAGAGCAUGGGCACAGUUAAAAGAAAUUGAUGAGAAUUGUUGGAUAAUUGACCCACCAGAACCAAACAAAAGUCACAUGUACAGACGCAUUCAUUUGUCGCAAUCUAUAUCUGUGACAAUUACAAUAGAUCCAUUGAAUCCUACUGCUGUGCCGAAAUUGGAAUUCUCGGGUAGCGAUAACAAGGUGAAAAGACAAAGGGACGAUGUUUCCGUUAAUAUUGAGAACUGGAAUCCAGAUUGUAAUGUUUUAGAAAAUUUGAGGAUGUUGUUAAAUAUGUACGAAUUUCCCGAACGGAUGGAAAGUUUGGACGACGCGGAAGGCAUUAUCGGCAGUCGCGAGUGUGGUAUAUGCUUCUUUGAAAAAUCAGAGACCGAUGAAUUGCCGAAUAAGAUAUGCGAUAACGAAAAAUGCUUAAAACAUUUUCAUACGGCGUGUUUGGCGGAGUGGUUACAAAGAAACGGUGCGAAUCAAGUUGUGUUCGACCAUAUCCAUGGCAAUUGUCCACACUGCAAGGAAAGCAUUUCCUGUCCCAUUAAAUGAUAAAGAGGCACAUGCGCUACCGACCUAAAUCCCGCAACAAGAUGUACUCUUGUCAAUUCCGUUUCGUCGUCAACGAUCGCUUUGGCAACUGG